UUCUCUCAUUCUGUUGCCAGUUGCCAGCCAAAGGCCGACUUUGUGACCCUCCACGCGUUUCGUUUUCGUUCUACUACAGUAGUGUGAACUUCAGUUUGGUGCAAGUUUGAAAACCGACCGUUGAAGCAUGUUUGUUUACAUUAGUUAUUCACAUUUAUUUCUUACGUAUUUACAUAAGUGAUGUGCUGCGUAAAAGACACCACUGUUUUGGAUUCAAUUCUACUAUUUCCUAAAUGUUUUUCGACGUGCUAGCUAGCUUGUUGUAGCUGUUUGGAUUUUAUAACCUCUACACAAUUAUAAGAUGCCGGAUGGUGGCCCCCUAGGCGGCGGAGUCCAGGUGGAGGACUCUGGUGGAGGCGCCGUGAGGGUGGAGCACAAGGACACCCCUCACCUGGUGAGUCUGGGCGGAGGUCGACUGAGUACCGCCGUCACCCUCCACCCUCUGCCUCCUGAGGGUAAGAGAACACUGGGAAGCGGUGCGAAUGCAGACGUGGUGCUGGUGGGUACGGGUGUGGAGGCGGUGCACUGUUGCAUUGAGAACAGGAGCGGAGUGGUGACCCUGCACCCCAUUGCUGGGGCCACCGCCAUUGAUGGACUGCCAGUCACUCAGAGCACUCGGCUUAUGCAAGGAUGUAUGAUAUGUCUUGGACGAUCUACUUGCUUGCGUUUCAAUCAUCCAGCUGAGGCGAGCUUGAUGAAAAGUGCUCUCCCUAAUUCGAGGAUUUCUGUUUUGCCUGUCCCAUUUUUUCCAGGUGAUGAGAACACCAUGUUUGGUGGAGUUGAAGGAAAGCCGCCCCCAGCGCCGAGAAGGACCGGUGCUUCGUCAAGGGACUCGUGGGGGGACCUGAGCUCGGCGUCGAGCGAGGACCUCGCCAAGUACAUCUCGCCGAAAGUGUUCCCCGCUGGCAGUUCGACUGUCAACUCGCCGGCCAGUGUUGUGCUGGGCCAGAGGGCCGGCCCCAACUCAAAACUGUCCAAUCACGUUAACGGUGGCGAGCUGCGGUUCUCAUUGGCUCCGACGCAGUAUGAACCCAAUAAACCCAACGGUAACGUGUAUCAGAAUGUGGUUCAGAUGCCGAACGGCAAGUACACUCCGGCCAAGUCGAAUGUUUCUUCAUCGCCCUCGAACUCUAUCAGUGAACGAGGGGUGUCUCCGGCGCCUUCCACCCCCACCCCGCCUCUGAGGACUCACUCCAGUUCGAGUCAUUCUUCUUUCAACUUUGUGACGUCACCAGAGCGGUGCAGCCCUCUGCGCCCCCUCGCCACCCCCAGCCCCGCCUUCGACCGCAACCCGUCGUACAGUGUGCGGAAGUCGGUUGCAAGUCCUGUGCCCAGCUGGGACUCCAGCAUUGAGGACCUCACGUCUAGGAAGGUCGAUCUGGAGAAUAAGAGGAAGCAGGCGCAGACUGAGCGGUUAUCUGAACAAGAAACCGAAAAGUUGGAGCAGUUGAGGUUGGAAGAAAUCUUGACGAUGUGUGCAGACUACGAAAAGCAAGCGCAGUGGGAAAAGCAGAAUAAGCCGCAUCAAAAUAGGAUAAAAACGAAUGGAUCAUUGACCAAAGACAAGAGACUGAAUUCACCCAGCUCUCCGCAUUUCAACAAGAAUUUCUCCUUUGAAAGCCUGGAUAGUUCGAGUUUGACAAGUGACAAUGAAAGUAAACACAGGGAUCAGAAUGGCGGCCAAUCCCUCACCAUCCCACCACCCCCGGUCCAUAGCUACGAGAAUGUCACUCUGUCUCUGUCGCACCCGGGCAGUCCACGCACGCGCAUCAAGACUAUCUUGCCAAAUAAGGAAAAUAAUAGGUGCGAGUACAGUUUGGAGUUGAUUGAGAACAGACUAGCCAUGCUAGGUGAAUUCACCAGACCUGACAACCACACCCACAAAUUUCCCAAUGGUGAUUCAGAGAGGGAGAUGAAAGUUCCUACAAAUGACAUUCGAGAGAAUGGAUUUCACAAGAGUGCAAACGGUGAUGAACCGCCUGAAAUAACUAGUAACGGUCACCAAAGUCCUCAAGAAAUGAAUGAUUUUGAUGGCAGUAAUAAACCAAAGUCGAGAACAGAAAAACUUGCCGAAUCCAAGUAUCAGUUUCUAGGAUUUGAUCCGAGGAAAGACGACGAGUUACCAAAGUCAAACAAACUUGCAACUAGGAGGAAUUUCUCCAGCAGUGCGUCUUCGCUAGUCACUAGCUCAUCUGAUUGUCCGCCGGUGCAAAAAUUAAUAACCGACUCGGUGAGAAUUGUCGAUACUCAGUCCAAGUCGGAUGGAUCAAAUCGUGUAAAGAGUUUGGAUUCUCGUCCUUCCUGGACCAAUCCCACGCUGGACAUUGGCAUUUAUUCCACUCUCCCCAGAAGAAAUGGAGAAUACACAGCUGAGCAGUUAUUGUCUCAGCUGGACGCCAUUGUCAAAUCGACGGAGAAGAGUCCAGUUGUGCUGGAAAGGGGUAAAUUCAUCCUACCCCUGCCUGAGUCUGAGAAGAAAUCUGAAUGCAGAAACGAUUUGCUCGCCAGUUUGACGCAGUUGAAGGCGAAAAUCACAGACAUAGAACAGCAGCAAGAGGAACUCAUGAGAGAGGCAGAAAUAGAGCAGGCACUUCUGGGAGGAGAAUGGCGGGCGCAGAAUGAGAAGCUGUCGGCUGAUGAGAAGAAGCUGGCUGCUCUGCGAGAGAAGGUGCAAAACUGCGACAAGGAAAUGGAGAUCUGCGCCGCCAAGCAGGCCGAACGGCAGGCUCACAGUCGCAAAGUGCUCGAACAGCAACAGGCCAUCUUGAAUACCUUGGAACUGCAGCUACAGAAUAACAAAGAUGAGGAGUUGAGACCAGACCUCUUGGAAUCGUUGAGGCAACAACAAGAGCUGUUGGACGCUGAGAAAAAAUCGUUUGAAGACCUGGAGUUCAGCCUGCUGGAGGAGGAGGCGUGCUGGCUAUCGCGACGCGAGGAGGUGGGUCGGGAGGCGUCGGAGGCGGCCGCCAGGUGUGGCGAGCGGCGGGGGCGGCUGCAGGCGCUGGAGGGGCAGCGACAGGCGGCAGAGACGCAGGCAGCCGCCUCCGCUCAUCAGCUGCAGCUGCAGCGGCUCCAGCUGCUCAGGCAUAUCGAGGAGGCUCGCAGUCGACUGAUGCUGCUCGACCAACACAGGGAUAGUAAGAAGCAGAGCCAAGAUGAUUUGGACAGGAUAUCGAGGGUGACUUCCGGUGCACCGAUGGAAGUCUCAACCAAUUCACUCGGCAGAAGAACAAUAGCAUCCUUACAAGAAAUUGAACGAAAUAGGCAGCUGCAUCUCGCUAAACAAGGUAGCCUGGUGAUAGAGGAGGAGCGGAAACGCGUGUUGGAGCUGAAGAGAAGAGUGCAGGAUGAGGCGCGGGCAGAAUGGGAGGAAAGGAGACAGCGCGAACACAACUGCCACUCGUUGAACAGUGUCGGCAGUGACGAGUCCAGUCUCACCUCCAGUGACCUCCACACCGAAAGCGCUAGCAGUGAAGAUGUUGAGAAACGACUUCAAUCUCCUUUAAAUGGGAAUAAGACUGAUGUUACUCUAGGCAACAAUGUAUCAAAGAGAGAUAAUGAAGAGGUCGAACAGGAGUCUGGUGAGAGUCGACCCAUUUCAGAUGCUUCAUCUUACAGUAUGGAUCAGUUGACAGUUCGCAUGAGAAACAAGUCGUACUCCAAUAGUCAGCGGCCACUAACCAGAUACCUGCCGAUCAAGGGCGAGUCGUUGGACCUGCGCGCGCACAUUCUGAGCGCCGGCCACCAGGUGGAGUUGUGUGGUCACGUGCUCCUGGACCAGACGUCGUGUCGCGGCUUCCUGCACAAGAUGACGUCACGCUUCCACCAGUGGAACAAGCGCUGGUUCGUGUUCGACCGCUCCAGUCGCACACUCACCUACUACGGCGAUCGCUCCGAGAAGAAGCCCAAGGGUGGUGUCUACUUCCAGGCGAUUGAAGAAGUGUACGUAGAUCACUUGAAUUCUGUGAAGUCACCGAAUCCCCAAGUCACAUUUGUGAUCAAGAGCAGUGAACGAACGUUCCACCUGGUGGCUCCGAGUCCAGAGGCCAUGCGUAUCUGGGUUGACGUCAUAUUCACUGGCGCGGAGGGAUAUCAAGAGUUCGGCCAAGGAUCUUAGCACAAACUGAUCUUGUGUUGUAGGUUGACUUGGACUAUUUUCUCAUGUGAAGUUUAGUAUGUGAAACAUAAACUAAUCUAAAAACUCUUUACAUAGUAUUGUUGAUACUGUAUCCACUUUAUAUCGAAGAACUAAGCUCUUCUUGUUGAAAUAUAUUGCCCACCAUUAUUUAACUUUACCUUUAGUAACUGUUGAUUUAUGUUCAGUGUAUCUAUGUAGACUAGGAUUGAAUGUAAACUGUUAUACUUCAUUGUUUUAAGGUUCAUGCUAUGUAAUUGUUAGUGUAAAUUUAAAUUACUCAUCCUCUAUGUGCUGACUAAGGUAUUCAUAAUAUCUUACUCAAAUUUAUCACCCCCUUUGAAUAAUUUAUGCAAAUAUAGUUCAAAUAGUAAAUCUCAUUUACUGUUUAUCUCUUUUCUGUAUAGGGCUACUUUUACUUGAAAAUGGCAUCAAUGUCCGAAACGUGUUGUGAUUAAAUAUUUCAAAAAGGGUACUAAGAUUUUUAUUUUUCUUUCUAUUUCUCAUUUACUGUUAUAUUUGCUUAUUUAACUACUUACUUUGAUUUCAUUCACUGUUCCAUAAUUAUUGUUGUUCUACAACUUGAAAAACUAUACAGUAUUUUUCACUUUUCAAGUUAUCUAUAAUUAACCUUACAGUUGUUUUGUGGUACUUUUCCAUAAUGAGAACACAAAUUUAAAUUGUCAACCACUUUUAUUUAAUAAAAGUGGUUGACAAUUUCAAUUUGUGUUUUCAUUAUCUAUAACUAUUUAAAGAUGAAAAAUUAUAAAAAUAUACCUACGAUGAUUCCCUACUAUUUACUCUCAAUAUUAAGUAAUGGUUUUAUGAACUAAAUUGUUGUACUAUGUUGUGAUAAAAUUUAUGUUUUGUUUCUUUAGAAAUUUCUGACUAGUAGCUCAAGUUCAUUCACUCUGUUAUACUUUUUUUAUGAAUGUCACAAUUUCUUUUUAGUCUGUACUUGAAAAAAGUUACUGUACUUUUAAAUUAUUCGUUUAUUUACCGAAAAGCUAUGUUCCUGUUUUAUCAUGGAACUCUACAAUAUUAUUCUAUAAUUACACUGUUCUCCUCUUUUAUAAAGCUCAUUGACACACUUGUUCCUACCAGCCAUAGUAUUCUAUAAUAUAUUUUUUUUUGUGAUUCAUCCAAUUUCAAUUUACUAAUUUCCUUGUUAAGAAUAAUUGUUACUCAAUUUUAAAUCGAAUGCUUUCAAUAUCUUUAUACCUUGCCAAGAUCAUUUAUAAUUUGAAUAAAAUGUUAAAAAACAGUAUGAGAUUAUGUAUAGGGCCAGUGGAUUUUAUUAUGUUAUGUUAAUGGACAUACCGGUACUGAAAUAUGUUUGUUUGAACGAUUUUUGAAUACCGACAAAUGACGUUAAGUGAUGCAGUUGAAUUGGAAUCUUCUGAAAUUCGAGUCCACCCAGGAAACCCUCAAAAAUAUUAUGUGACCCUUUGAAAUGUUACUUUGUAUCCUAUGUGGUUUUGUGCCUCAUUAUUCUAGGUAGCUUUUCAAUUAAUCUGUUGAUGCUAAUUUCUAUUUCUCCUUUGAUGCUCUAUUGAACAUUGUACCAUGCUUGAAAAGCUAUAUUCAAGUUCAAGUGACAUCCAAUUUUUUGGCUGCUACUAGCUACCUCAGUAUUAUGAAAAAGAGUUCAUUCUUAUACCGUGCCUUCGAAACCAAUGUAUAUUCGUUAAAUUGUAAAUUUAUUCAAUCAAUAGAUUACCAAGAGCCAGAAUUUUCCCCAUGUUACUAUAUUUCCAUACAGUUCUACGUGACGGUGAUUUAGUUUUAUAUACACAUUUCUAUAAAUGUUAUUUAUUUAUUGUUGGUGAGUCAUAUUGGACUUAUUUUAAAAUUGAUCAGUGAAUAAGUUUUGUAAUAAUGAUUAUUAUUAUUUGUUGAUAAAAUAUAGAAUCUUGCAUUAAGAGUGUGUGAAGAAAUAAUCAAAAUAUAUGAUAUAAGAAAAAUGUGCUGUUUCUAAUACAAUAUAAGUAUUUUGUAAGACAUUAUCUGUAGUUUCAAGUAGAAAGUUCACAAAGGUAUUGAUAUAUUUAUCAAUGUAAAAUAUUGACUGUAAUUAUAAAUGUUGAUAUUGA